AUGUACCGGUGUUCAGCUUUAAGUAAGUUAAAGAAUCACAUACGGAGGCACACUGAGGAAAGGCCAUACAAGUGUAAGUUCUGCCACAAAGCGUUCAGGGCAUCAAGCGAUCUAUUUCCACGGUUAUCCGUAUUAACGGAUCACAUUCGUACUCAUACCGGCGAAAAGCCGUAUGUAUGUAAAAUAUUACAUUCGAAAAUUCACAAUAAGGGCGAAAGGACAUACCAAUGUAAAAUCUGUGACAAAGCCUUCCAUUCAAAAUACACACUGUCACAACACUCGAAAAUUCAUAAUAAGGACCAACAGCAUCAGUGUCCUCAUUGUUCAGCAAUGGACCAACAGCAUCAGUGUCCGCAUUGUUCAUUGAGGUUCGCACAGUUAUAUAAGCUAAAGAUUCAUAUUCGCACUCACACUUACGAAAAGCCAUACAAGUGUAAGUUCUGUGACAAAGCGUUCAGGACAUCAGGUAAUCUGGCAAAUCAUUCGAAAAUUCACAAUAAGGACCAACAGCACCAGUGUCCCCAUUGUUCAGCAAUGUUCGCGUACUUAUCUAGGCUAAAGAUUCAUAUCCGCACACAUACCGGCGAAAGGCCUUAUGUGUGUAAAAUCUGUGACAAAGCCUUCCAUUCAUCAUCUACACUAGCAAAACACUCGAAAAUUCACAAUAGCGACCAACAGCAUCAGUGUGCGCAUUGUUCAUUAAUGUUCGCACGAUUAUAUAAGCUAAAGAGACAUAUCCGCAUUCACACUGGCGAAAGGCCAUUCCAGUGCGAAGUCUGUGGCAAAGCCUUCUAUUCAGCAAACUAUCUGGCAAAACAUUCGAAAAUUCAUAAUAAGGACCAACAGCAUCAGUGUCCUCAUUGUUCAUCGAAGUUCGUGCAGUUUUACAGUUUGAAAAUCCACAUCCGCACUCACACUGGCGAAAAGCCGUUUGUGUGUAAAAUCUGUUCCAAAGCGUUCAGAUCACAAAGCCUUCUGGGAGAUCAUUCAAAAAGUCACAACAAGGACAAAUACCAAAAGUGCCCGCAUUGUCCCGCCAAGUUAGCGCUUUCGUCAGCGUUGAAGGAUCACAUUCGCAUUCAUACCGGUGAAAAGCCGUUUGUGUGUAAAACCUGUAAAAAGGCGUUCCAUUCGUCAUCGGCACUAUCACAUCAUUCGAAAAUUCACAACAAGGACGAAUACAAACAGUGUCCGCAUUGCUCUUCAAAGUUUGCGCUUUCGUCAGGGUUGAAGAAUCACAUUCGCACUCAUACCGGUGAAAGGCCUUAUGUCUGUAAAGUCUGUGACAAAGCGUUCGGUUCAUCAUCUACACUAUCGAAUCAUUCGAAAACUCACAACAAGAGCUAAUUGCA